AUGGAGGUGGUCACCGAGAUUGUCGCUGUUGCUGUCGCUACUUCCGCACCGGCAGCUGAGGCGAAGGAGCCUACGUCGACUGCCAAGACCUAUUCCUCUCCUGACGGACCCUAUCUGACAGUCACGCCGUGGAAAUUCCUUGGCUUCGACCGCGAGUUCAUCGCUACCGCUCCUUCCGCCCCCACGGCGAAAAUCCUAUGCCAUGCAUGGACUAUCGACACGCGAGAGAGUGGCAUCCAAGCUUUCACGACCCUCAUCAUCUCUGUGCUCACCUGGUACUUUUCACCCGUCCAAUCCACAAACGAACGGCUGAAGGACAAGUCUGAGCACUUGAGCGAUGCUGGUGUGGACGAUGAUGGUCACGAUCGAAAAAAUGACCAAGUCGAGAAGCACAAGAUCGAUCCCAGCGAUCGAAGUGCUGUGUUCGCACUUAUCCUCUUCUGUCCUGUCCUCCUGGCCUUCCCAGUCAUCUACAACGGCCUUCUCGGGCUCCACACAGCAGCCAAGACAACCGAAAGUCGCCUCCGAGCCAGGCUACGAGCGGGAGACUUCGCCAUCCGCCAACAUACCUGGACGUUCUUCAAGGUCUUCGCGCUUUGCGUAGUCUAG